AUGAUAUUCGGUGCUUUGGCAGCGAUUCUUCCUGCUCUCAUCCCCUUGGCAGAUGCAGGACAGAUACCUGUGGUCGACGGCGUGAUUGGUGGCGUACCCGCAACCUUCAAUCUCACCGAAAAGGCGGACUCGGUCCUAGCGCCAGCUGCCACCACCCCCGGCCAGUUGCGCAUCGUUGAGAAUCAUGGUGUUUGUGAAACGACCCCGGGAGUGUACCAAGCUUCUGGUUACGGCGAUUUGACAUCUACCAAGAGUAUAUGGUUCUGGUACUUUGCCGCUCGCAACAAUCCAGACACUGCUCCCCUCGCACUAUGGUUCAAUGGAGGACCUGGAUCUUCAUCGAUGAUUGGUCUUUUCCAAGAGAACGGGCCAUGCCGUAUUACCAACGAUUCUUCGACUGUUAUCAACAAUCCUUUCUCAUGGAAUACUAACGCAAACUUGCUGUUCAUUGACCAACCCGUCGGCGUUGGUUUCUCUCACGGCGACACGACCGUCGGCACCAGUCAACAAGCUGCCGCGGACGUAUGGUCCUUCCUUCAAAUAUUCCUCAAGGACUCGCGAUUUGCCUCUUUGCAAAAGAGGGACUUGGCUAUCUGGACCGAAUCAUACGGUGGACACUACGGACCCACCUUCGCUGCUCAUUUCUUGGCUCAGAAUUCAGCCAUCUCAGCGGGUACCGUUACUGGCCUCCCCCUCAACCUAAAGGUCUUAGGUGUUGGCGAUGGCCUAACAGACCCCCUUAAUCAAUACCCAGGAUACUUGGCAUACGCCGCUAGCAACCCGUACCACCCUCUAGUAUCUCAAUCCACUAUUACCCGCGCUACCACUGCCUGGACGCAAUCGGGUGGCUGCCGUGACUUGAUCACCCAAUGCAACGCUGGUGGAACCAACAGUGUUUGCUCCAGAGCGCAGAGCUUCUGCAACAACAACAUUCUUUCUCCGCUUGCCGGAAACUUUGAUGUUUACUACGUGCUAGCGACCGAUCCCGACCCAUACCCGCCCUCGUUCACCACCUGGUUGAACUCUGUACGUACCAAGAUUGGAGGCGAGGUCACCUACACUACAAGCAGCAACAAAGUAUAUAGCAACUUUGCGGCUACUGGUGAUUGGAUGAGGAAUUCGCGUCCUGAUUUGGAAACAGUCAUCAACGCUGGAGUUAGAACACUCAUCUUUGAUGGUGAUGCCGAUUACAUCUUGAACUUCAAUGGUGUCGAAGCGAUGGUCGACGCUCUGCAAACGAAGUUCACUUCUCUCUACAAACAACAAGCCUUCCAACCAUUCGCCGUCGGCGGCAAGACGACUGGCCAAUUCAAGAACGCCGGAACAUUUUCUUACCUACGCAUCUACGGUGCAGGCCAUGAAGUCCCCGCCUAUAAGUUUGGAGGACUGCCAGCUGGCCAGGCGGCUCUGCAAUUCUUUACUCAAAUUAUGAACAACUCUAGUUUGAGCUCCACAUAA